AUGAAGGAUAGAAGACUCAUCGAGGAAUUUGAUUUCCGGUGCCUUUUUUUUUCGGGAUACCCGCGGGAUCGGGAACGGAGCCCGUUCCCCGAACCCGAGGGCCCAACGCGGACCCAGCGAGUCUGGCACGAUCGCCUUAUUCCCCACAACGCGUACACUAAAACGACGAGGAAGAGGAAUAAGAAAGAAGAUGGAUCCACUUGGCAUCCCGGAAAAACUCUCUCAUAUAUAUGCCCCGGCAAGGAAAUGGAAGAAUGGGGACUUGAACGCGAGCGCGGACGCAUUCAUGGACGUCUGAAACAAAAUGUUGAAGCCGCGAGACUCGCUAAAGCAGCUGCAGGUUUCUUCGGCGCGUAG